GCGCAAUACCUGUCAUAUGGUACUACUUGAGUUCUGACAAAUAUCGAUUUUGCAUUCUGUAGUUGUCUUUCGCUACUAGUUAUCUUGUUAUUAUUUGGUGACAUUUCUAUAGUUGUUUGUUAUGGAAAAAUGAUACAGAUUCGUAUUCAUUGUUCGUGUAAUGUGAUUGCUUAUUAAAACAACAUACAAUACAUAUUCUCAACAUAAAUAAGUGCAAUAAGAAUAAAAUUAUGGAGAACCCAAUUACAAUAUUCACUUUACCCGAUGAACUUAUAUUUAUAGUGUUAAAAUAUAAUGAUAUUCGAGAUGCUAUUAAUUUUAGUGCUACAUGUAGGCACUUUCAUGAUUUGGUGAAGAGUAAUCAGAGCUUUUGGGCAUAUAAAUUCAAAAGAGAGUUGCCAUGUGUCUUUGAAGUUGCCGACCAGUACGGCAGUGGUAUUUGGCUAAAUGAGUUAAAAACAUUUUUGCUUCAAAAACAAAGCAUUUAUAAAGAGUUAUUGGAAUUGUCUCCAAGACAUUACUGGAAAGUUGGUCAAUUUUCUCUUAAAGAUGUUGUUCAUUUCUUCAAAGUUUCAUCUACAAAUAACCUUGGCUAUUAUUAUACCAUUUCCAUACUGCACAACAUAAUCAGAACUGGUUAUAAAAACAUGGUUCAGUAUGAUACAGCAAAACCGUAUACAUUAACUGAAAUGCAUUAUGCAAAAUGUGUACUCAGUCAUAUAAUACACUGUUAUCUUACUGUGAAAUGGAUAAAAAGUCAGAUGAUUCAAGAAACUCCUCCGGAAAUUGUUCUCAAUUUCAUUGUGCAGUGGAUUGAUAAUGAGAACUUUCACUUUUUUGAUGAUGUUGAAAACAAAUUGCAGAUUUGGGCGGAUAAAGUUAAAGUAUAUUUGAAAAAUACCCAUCAGGAUGAACUGACGGGCAGUACUGAUAAUGAAUACACUCCAGCUCAAAUUUUCUCUGCUGUUUCCACUGUCUUGUUCAAUCAGAACCGUAUGACUAUGACAACUUCAGCAAACUUGGAUACCCUUGAUGUAGUAAAGGUGUUGAACAAUAAAGUGGGGAAUCAAAUCGCAGUGUACGCUAUUUACCAAGCGAUAGCCAGCCGAUGCGGCGCCGAGUGCGAGCUGAUCGUGUUCGUGAACCAUUUGUUCCUGGAGUGGCGUUGCUAUGACAACCCGCGCCAGCCCACCAUAUACAAGAUACAGAUCCUGACGGGAGAGCUGGAAGCCAAUCACCGCUGUCCCUAUGUCAGCUCCCGCUUCAAGUACAGCGCGGAUGCUCUGCUGCAUAGCCUGCACGCCUGCUUCGUUAAGAGCCUGGGGCCCAUGCAAAAUUGGGCGUCAGCUAACGCGGCAGAUCUGCUGGGAUUCCUCGGUGGUACUUACACCACGCCCAGUGCAUACGACAUAUUUUAUCAAUUCUUCUCUGGUGAUAUUGAUUUGAUUUCGUUGAAUUCAACUCUCGAUAUUAAGAAUCUAUCUGAGAGGGAACUGGCAAUCAUUCUCUCAUUGGUUCACGUGAAAAUACGGAUGAAUCGCCCACUUGGUAAAUUUCAGAACAAAGCUGUAAAGAUAUCGGAGGCAAAGCAGCAUGAUGCCACAGUACAGUAUGCGGUGGGCAUGGUGUGCAGCCACAAGGACCUGGAGUACCUGUGCAUCAUCCAUGGCUGGGAGCUGAGCUGCAACGCGGAAUGGCGCACGCGCCUCACUAACGAUGGCCAGACCACCGGCUUCGAACAGCCCUACUACAAUGUUGUGGCUAACGAUCAAACCGAACGAUAUGUGGCACAGGAAAAUCUGGUGCCCGUUAAUCGUCCAAACCGUUUGCUCCAUUUGGAGGAUUUGAUUAGCAAAGAAUUUAGUCAUUUUGACGGCUUUUGCUAUGUUAUGAAUGAAGAAAAGAAGAAAGAAUAUCCAGAAGAAGGGCCGAUCAUCGAGGAGCACCGAAAGCGUUGUAUGACAAUUGAAAAUUAUUAAAUGUUGCAAUAUAAUACAAUGGCUGUGACACUUGUUCUACCCGACUGACAAGAGCGUUAUGUUUUUCGCGCUGUAAGUAUGUAAAUUUGUUUUUAUGUACGUAAUUGUGACUAAACUAUUGAACCGAUUUCGACGAUUCAUUCGAUUCGUCUUCUCCGUAGUGUCAUAGGAUAUCUUACAUCAGCACAAAACACAUACAAUGGAUGUAAUAAAUAAAACUAAAUUAGAAAAAAACAAGUUCGAAUUUUACACGCCAUAACUUUUUUUUUACGUUGCUAAAUCAUUUUUUUCUAUAUUCUCGAGAAUAUUCUAAAAUAAGAAAGAGUUACAUAUUACAGAUUAUUCAGUUCUUUUUAAAUCAUUAUUUUAAAUGACAGCCAAAUUAUGGCGCUAUUCAUCCGCUACAUUAUAGCCGUCAGUCGGGUAUUUUAUUUUUUUAAAUUAGGGUUGUGUUACACAUAUUGUAGUCUCCGUCGUUUUCAAAGAUAAUGAAAGGGAUGACAGUAUGUACGAAUACGAGUGACAGUGCAUUCAAAACCUACUGUAACAAGUAGUUUCUACAGAUUAUAUCACCUGCACAGUUGAUUUAUAAUUAUAUGUUUAAUCAGAAAUUAUUAUGAUAUUCAAAGA